UGCAAGGCUGUGGUCAGUUUAAGAAACACGUUUUCCGUUUGAUAAGAGACAUUCCCGUGUGGCAAGAGCCAUGUGCAAAUAGGUUAAUCAUACAAGAAGCCUAUUUGAUACCCUAAAACGGCAAAGCUAUAUACACAUUGUUAGCUCCUUAAAUAUUCGGUGGGUGGAGACAUAGGGAAAAUAUCUGAGAAGAUGGUUUACGCUCAUGAAAGGGGAGUACAAUCGCUCUGGGAUAGCAGCGUCUUCUAGCCUACAAGACAACACAUUAAUUCAUGUCAGUAUUAAAUGGAAUUAUGUUCACUAACUGACAUGUACACGUAACUUUUUAUGGAAGUUACAUCUUGGUAUAACUGUCACUAUGGCAACCAGUGCUGUUCCCAGUGACAAUCUACCCACUUAUAAGCUGGUUGUGGUGGGGGAUGGGGGCGUAGGGAAGAGUGCUCUCACCAUCCAGUUUUUUCAGAAGAUUUUUGUCCCUGAUUAUGACCCUACCAUCGAGGAUUCUUAUCUGAAACACACUGAGAUUGAUAGCCAGUGGGCUAUCUUAGAUGUUCUAGACACUGCUGGCCAGGAGGAGUUUAGCGCCAUGAGGGAACAGUACAUGAGGACUGGUGAUGGUUUCCUUAUAGUGUUCUCUGUCACAGACAAGGCCAGCUUUGAGCAUGUGGAUCGCUUCCACCAGCUCAUCCUCAGGGUGAAAGACAGGGAAUCUUUCCCUAUCGUUCUAGUGGCAAACAAAGUGGACUUGUUGCACUUACGGAAAAUCUCCAGUGACCAGGGGAAGGAAAUGGCUUCUAAACAUGAUAUAGCUUACAUUGAAACAAGUGCCAAGGACCCUCCCAUGAACAUUGACAAGGCUUUUCACGAGCUUGUCAGAGUCAUCAGGCAGGAGAUACCAGACAGGACCCAGAAGAAGAAGAAGAAAACCAAGUGGCGCUCCGAGAGAUCCACCGGACCUCACAGACACCCCUGUGUCAUCCUCUGAUUGCUCCGGUGCUUUCUGAGAGAGAGGGAUGAGGUGAGAGUGUUGAGUGUUUACACUCUUCCAACUGCCAAGGUGCUCCCUGGCACAGGGGCCAAUGACUCAGAGCCAGCAGGCGUGCCUUCAGGCAGCAUAGGAAUGGCCCUAUAUGGAGAAGGAGAGGCUCCACAGGAAGGAGAUCAACCUGACCACCUGGACAGUACUCUACAUCGAUCGAAUUGGUCUUGCACUCAUACUCCUCAACACAAACUGGUCAUGAGCACACAAAGGCUAUCUACAUAGAAAAGGCCUUUGAAUGUACUGUAAUGUGGCCAAUGUGUGAUUUGUGUUUUAUUGAGUAAAUAAAUGACGAUGCAAGCAAUGGACGUCUGUGAUGGUAGUCCUUUCCGUAUCCCACAGCUACUGCAUUGUACGGAGCAGGGAGAGAGGGAGAGGAUGUGUGUGUUUGUGUUGGGAUCAGCAGGCCUGCCAGAGCAGCAGGGUGAAGGGGAAGUGAGGAAAGAGAAAAGUUGGCUGUCCCAAUGUCUCCCAGCUGGCACAAUGCAGCAGAGUCUGGGAGGCAGUGAAAGCUUUCACAGGGAGGGUUUCAAACAAACUAGUUGAAAUGUAGUCACAUUAACAAAAGCACUUUACUGUACAAUAUGUCAUAAGUCCCUUGCUUUGCCAUGGUGGUUGCCUAAAUAGUAAAUAUCAAUGCACCGUAUUUGUUUGACAUCUAACUGCAUUGUUUGACUGCAUUUAUUGGACUGGAGGGAUGAACUCUCAGUAAACAAUGAUGUUGCCAAGAUUGUUUGAACAGCAGUGUGUUUUAUGUAUUUGCCUUGUCAUGCAUUUAUUUUUUGCGACAGAACAGUAAUUUAUUGUUUUGUGUCAGCAAUAUAUAAGGGGUUUGUUGUAGCUCUGAACACUGAAAAUGUAUUUUCAAAUGUGUUGCAAUGAAAAAUACAAGUUACGGAACAUGUCAUUAUGGACUAUUUUCUUUAGUUUCUGCCUCUUUUUAAAGUUAUAUUAUUUAAGUUCAACUACAAUUGCUGCAAAUAACAACAUAUGUUAGCUAUUACAUUUCUGGUGCCUUCAUUUUAAAAUGGCACAAUGAAAAUAGCUAAUAUAAGUACCAUAUAGAAAGUCGAUAACUUCCUAAAUUACUAAAUACCUAACAGUUCUUUAUUGUAAUGUAUGCUCAAUUAGGCUAUCUGGCAUUUCAGUGCCGCCCAGUGGUUUAAUAUGGAACUGUCCAUGAUGUCUUCUAACAACGUACUAAGGCAGGAAACAGUGUGUCUGUAUCCACCUCAACUAAGACAUAAACAGAAAUCUGUAUGAAAUCGGUCUUUAAAACAGACACUGUGCUAGUUUAAGUAAAGAACAAACAGCUCAAACCAUAAGUCAGAUGACAAAUUGUAAUUUAGAAUUUCAAUGCAUUAUUUUUCACAAAAUAAUGAAUAUGAUGGUUUGCCAUCAUUAAUUCAAAUGACCAAAUGUUUUGUACUGAUCAGAUUAGGGCCAGAUGUAUUUUACAGUAAAAAUGAUCUAUACCUUAUAUGUGGAUUGUGUGAGCCACAGCCAUUGAUGUAACAAUGAUGUCAGAUGGCUGAGUGGUUAAGGAGUCGGACUAUUAAUCAGAAAGUUGUUGGUUUG